AUGGCCAAGUUGUCCCCCGACUACGUGUUCAGCCUCCUCAAAAGCAUGAACGAGGCUGAGAGGGCCCACUUUUUGAAGCGAAUGGAAGGAGACCCGCUUCUUCCUUCCACAACGCCGGCACCCGCUUUGGCAGCAGCACCUUCGGAGCAGCCUGCUUCGAGCACCGUGAUCGACCCCAUCGGGGACUCUAUCGCUGCCGAAGAUUACGGGACACCGGCCGCUUUUACGUCUUCUCCCUCGCCUGCUGCACCCACUUUGGAGGCACCAGCGGAGCCUAAAGCAGCCACCGGUGAAGAGGCCAAUGCCGAGGCCACAGGUGACGGGGUCAAGGAACCGCCGCCGCGACCUCCUUCGUCGCCCGCUUUGGCGUCGACCACCCCAAAGGCCGGGGUACCGCUGCUGAAGUCGAAGAGCAUGGCUACGCCCGCUCCACCCGCUUCGGUGGCCACUACACCCCCGGCGGCUACGCCCAGCGCCCCUCCCGCUUCCAAGGCCCCGCCACCGCCGCUUGUGGAGGAGGGGAACCUGGGCGGAAGCUCGGGAAACACAGGGCAACAGCCGCCCGCUUCAACACCACAGCGCGAGAUAGCCCCGCUUCUCGCUAGUGACGCCCCAGCCUCCCGCUUGGGACACACUAUCUAUGAUAGCGAAGGCCGGGCCACUUUGCAGCUGGUUCAAUUGUGGGCAUGCCGCCGCCAGUGUUCCCAAUGCGCUCAGGGACACUGUCAGGCGACAUUCAGCGACAGAUCCAACAGCUUCCACGUGAACCACUUAUGCAGAGACUGCAAACGCGCUCGUGGGCGUGAGCGCCAGGAGGCCACUUCGCAGUGGAACCACGGCCAAGAUGAGUGGGGCCAGAGCCAGACCGCUUGGGAGGACUCGCCCGCUUGGAGCUCCUGGAACUGGUCUGGUCUCUUCGACAUGUCCGACUUCUCGCAGUUCGUGUCGGACUGCAACGUACCUCCUGCGGUGGCCUCUCUGCUUUCGGAGUUUGACACCGCUUUGUACGCACGUGCUUGCACAACUUCUUCCGAGCUAGUGGAAUUGAUCACCCACUUUAUGACCGAAGCCGCGGUGACAGAAGCAGCGGAACGCUUUAUCACUAAAGCGUCGUUACGCCUGCUUUUCUCCAAAUGCCGGCAGGCGGAGGGCAUGGCAUCCCUAGAAGCCACGCCCAGUUCUGCUCUCCCGCUUGGAGAAGCGCCUUCAACAGCUGUGCCAACCGCUCCGGCCGCAGUCCCGCUUUCUAGCUCAUGGCAGGAGGCUUGGCCGGCAAAACUCAGCGGCGAACGCACUGCAGCGCUUAGGAAAAGGUUCGAGGAGGAUUACCCCACUGAACUCCUCGAUGCCGAGAGCUUUCCGAGCGCCCGCUUGUUGGCCCUUACCAAUAAGAUGCUUUCAGAAAAGGAAGUGCGAUGGAUUCCCUGGAAGUACCGCUUAAGUGCAAGGGCGCAAGAAGACAGCCUGCUUAUCAGGCCCAAGAAACAGGCCCGCUUUGACAUCGCGGAGUUCUUCUUCGACGAGGCUCCAACCCGGGAUAUACAUGAAGGCCCCGCCUCCUUCAGCUUCGUGACACAGCUUCUCUCACUUGCUGCGAAUGCGAUCGCUUUAUGCCAGGGGGCACACCUAGGCUCCCUGAAACUCUACAACAAAAAGUUCACCCGCAUUUGCUUCACCAAAUACGAGGCCUCCGCCAACCUACGGGGCCCCACUACGAUGGAAGCCCAGGCAGCUGAUCGCCGAUGUUGGGAAAUCAUCGCCGACUUAGUCAAUGUGCAUCAUUGGAAGCUAGAUGAUGCGCUUCACGAAGUGGCGGAGGUGCGCUCUGAUUUGCACAGCUUACUUGCGCCCAGGCCAUUCGUACCCAAACCCAAGCACGAUCCGGACAACAGCUGGAAGGCCGGCUCCAAAGGCAACGGUCGUGGAGGCAAAGGCGGGGGCCGUGGCGGCAAAGGCCGCGAUGGCAAAGGCGAGAAGGGAGAGCGCUUCGAGCGAGGCGGCAAAGGUGGCAAAGGCAAGGACAACAAGCAGGUGACGCCUCCCGGAAAAUGGCUUUCAACCAUCUUCAUGGAUGGCAAGCGCCAGACUCUUUGCAUGCGCUACCAGAGCGGUCAGUGCAAGGACCCAGCCACGUGCCGCUAUGUGCACAGAUGCGCAGUGCCCAAGAGUGAAACCCACUUCAGCGACCAGCGGGACAUCGCUGAGGAGGUCACAGUUGUCCCGCUUUCAGUGCCUGCUCAACCUUCAGGUUCAGCAGGGGCAACCUCGGCACUGCCCAAGGCUGGUGCCCCAGUAUCCAUUGCAUCUUUGGCAAUCAGUGAAGGCUCCCUCGACUUCGCUACCUGCUUGGAGCUUUUAGCGCAGUACUUUUCCAUUCCCUUCAUUGAUGCCGCAGGCCCCACCGACAAUGCCAUUGACGCUUCCGGAGCAUAUUUCAACCUGGGAGCUUUCUCCUUUGAUAACGGCACCAGGUCGGGGAUAUUUCAGCGCACUGAACAAUUUUCCGAUGUACUUCGUUUCUUGAACGCUUUCAUGCAGCUUCAGUUCCCGGGUGCCUCUUGGAGCUCCUUGUGCGUGAGUCACAACGUUCGUACUCGCUUACACACGGAUGCUGGCAACGCUUCAGGAACACUCAAUCACACAGUUUCACUCGGCAAUUUCAGCGGAGGUGAGAUCUGGAUUAGCCCAGCUUUGGACCCCUCUGCUGCCAACAUCCCGGCCCCAUUGGAGGCCUCAUCCGAGGCCCACAGAGCGGAAGAUGCAAGCAAAGGUGAAUUGCGCGACACCUGGCAUUCACCGCUUUCCUUUAGCUGUGAAUCCAUCCAUUGUACGAUGCCAAUCCAAGGAGACAGGUGGGUAUUGACUGCCUACACUUGCAGGAACCUGCACAGCUUCGACAUGAAGUCGCUGGCACAUUUAAGGUCACUGGGGUUCCCAUUGCCUCCAGUACCUACAACACUUCCUCAGGCUGUACCCUCUUCACCGAAGGACAACACGCACGUCGAGAUCUUCUUAGAUAUCUGCUGUGGUGCCUCUCACCCACUUACCACGGCGAUCUCAUCAUGUGGCAUCAUAUGUUUGCCCAUUGAUCUGCUUGGUGAGGAGCAGCUGGACCUCUUGCACGACGACACGUACGAUCACCUCCUUCGGUUAUGCUUCUCAGGCAUUGUACGUUUUGCUCAUGGAUCUCCGCCAUGCAAAGAGUACUCCCGCUUGAAGCUACGCCCCGGGGGACCUGCUGCUAUCCGAUCCCCGGAACAUCUCAACGGGUUGCCGGGCAAUACAGCUUCACAGCAGGAACGCGUGGUAAGCAGCCAGAAGCUUCUGUAUCGCUGUGUAUGCCUGCUUCGGGCCGCUUUCAACUCAGGUGCACAUGUAUCUCUGGAACAGCCCACGAACGCGAUGUCUUGGCUUGAACCAUUCGUACAGGACAUGCUUGCUGAGAUACAGGCUUCACUGGUCAACAUCCCGGCGUGCUCAGUUGGCCAGAACAUAGCCAAAUCUUGGCUUUUAGCAUGCAGCUUCGAUGAUAUGCGAGCCUUGGCAGGUACAUGCUCUCAUUCGGAGGGUCAUCCUUCUGUGGCCGGCGUCAGGGACGAGCUUGGCAACUUUUUGUCACAGCGCACCGCAGAGUACCCAGCCCAGUUAGCAAACCGCUUUGCUCAGCAGGCGGCUAAACUUUUCUCGUCACGCCGGCCCUCCCACAGUGUUCCAACUUGUUCUUUGGCUUUCGCACUCUCUUCGAUCCCCAAGAAGCCCCGGGCAGCGACAACUACAGCAUCACAGGAUGGCGGUGGCAUCUACUCCUUGCCGGACUGGUCAAUGGGCCCCAGAUACCAGUCUGACAGCUUGCACGAUUUGCGCAAAGAAUGGCAGUCCUGGCUCCUCUCGCACAGGUGGAGGAAUGCCUUCGGCACCGACUUGUCAGCCGCAAACAGCUUGACAAACUUCUCGGUCUCCUCCAGUGGUAUUCAUACAUACUUGGACGACAAGCUCCGCUUCACUGGUAAACCGCCGGGCACCAGCAUUUCAGAAGGAUCCACUUUGUUGUCAGCUCGCCACAAAACAUUGCACAGCAAGGCUGAUCUCGCUUUGGUCCCGGUAAGCACCAAACGCAUGUGGCUUCGGGUUACGGACCCCACUUCAUCCAAGCGACGCCUCUCAGAAUCCAGCAGAGAAACACUUUCUUUCUUUGCCCACUUGAGCUCCAGGGACUGGCGUCCACGGCCGCUUAGACCACCACCCACGAGCUCAGUGGAAUCAGCAGCCGAUGCCUUCGGCAAAGGCAACGACUGCGGCGUCGGGGGAUGGCUCCUUCUCCCAUGUGGCCGCCUGCUUUGGUUUUCGCAUCGCUAUACCGUGCAGGACUUCCUGGAGCUCGGUCUGCCAAUGCAGCCUAACGCCAACUUGGACAUUUCCAGCUAUGAGACGUUGGCACAGUGCUACGUUCUUCUCGCUUUCUGGAAAGCCCAUGGUUCUGGCCGUUUGGCUUUGAAAUUACCAGCUUUGAGCGAUAAUAGUGGCGCUGAAUCGGUGUGUAACAAACUUUACACCUCCAAAGUACCACUUAAUCUUUUCGUUCGCAAGCUUUCGAUGUGGAGCUCCAUUACCGGUGUCACUUUGGACUGCAGCCACAUUGCUGGCGAAAAGAACGACGAUGCAGACCUGCUUUCGCGGUGGGACGGCUGCGCAGAACUUCCGGCCAAGUUUCUGCCAUCAAACCGCAUUGAGCUUUGCCUCUCUGAGUUCUGGCAGAUCCGCUUUCAAGUGACACUCUUUCCAGCUGAUACCUUUUUGAAGUGGCAGCUUCCAUCAGCCACCAGAUUGGGCCCGACAAACCGAGGCUCCAAUAAGCGCAAGUAG